AUGGGCUACAACAUCGGUCUUCGAUUAAUAGAGGAGUUCCUAGCAAAGUCUGGUACUGGUCGAUGUCGCGAGCUCAAAGAAACUGCCGAGAUCAUCUCUAAAGUCGGAUUCAAAAUGUUCUUGAACAUCACACCUACCAUCGACAAUUGGACUGCUGAUUUCAAGCAGUUCAGUUUAAUAUUCGAUGAAAAUCCUCUGGCAGAGUUUGUAGAGUUGCCAGAUGAUGGUCGGGCCCAUAGAGAGCUGUGGUACUCUAACCUGCUGGCUGGCGUCAUUAGAGGCGCUCUUGAAAUGGUGCAAUUACAGGUCGAGACAGAGUUUGUCAGCGAUACCUUACAGGGAAGCGACUACACAGAGCUCCGAGUCAAGUUUAUCAAGACACUAGAAGACGAGAUCCCUCCUGGAGAGGACUAA